UAUGCUCACCGCAGAUGCAUACAGAGGUGGUGUAAUGAGAAGGGUGACACUGUGUGUGAGAUAUGUCAACAGCCAUACAAACCAGGCUAUACAGCACCUCCUCCUAUGUUUCAAUUGGGGGGUAUUCCAAUGAACUUUAGAGGAAAUUGGCAUAUUGUCAGAAGGGAUGUGAAUAAUCCUCGCUUUAUAGCAAUGGUCUCAACUGAACGUAAUUUACUUGAGCCCGACUAUGACGACUACACGGCUUCUACAUCAAGAAGCCUGGUUUGCUUCCGUAUAGUUGCCGUAAUUUUCAUGGUUCUUCUGAUUUUACGGCACACUUUUCCCAUAAUAGUCAGUGGAGCUCAAAACUACUCUCUCCCAUUGAUCUUGUUGUUGCUUUUGCGAACUUCUGGAAUUAUUCUGCCAUUCUACGUUAUUGUAAGGGCAGUGAAUGCCACCCACCGCCGCCGACGCCAACAGCAACAGGAGUCCCCUGACAUAUCAGAUUCUUCUUCUGACGAAGAAACCGGAGGACUGCCAACGCUGCAGCAACAGCCUCAAGCUGUUCACGUUCACUAAAUUUGGUAUUUUCCACUUCAAAUCGAAGUAAUGCCACGCGCACUGAAUCUGAAGAAAGUUUGAGUUUGUUUUUAAGUAAAUAACAUCAUCGAUCAUCUGCAAAUCAAAUUUGCGAUGGAAAGGGGAAUGAGAAAGUGAAAGUGGUGUCCCAUUUGAAGCACCCUUCAAGUUCCCAAUUUGUUCUGUGUGCAGAUUUUUUGUCUUCAUUUUUCAUUUUUUGUUUUGUAUUGUUUUGUGGAUGGUGCAGAUUGUUGCUUUGGCUUCUGAAAAUUUAUGUGCAGUCCAUAUAUUUUACUGUAUAUGAUAAGAAUUUAUUGUUACAAGAAUACAAGGCAAGCAUUGAAAUA